UGAAGCCCGACCAGCGAGGUAUACGGUAGUGACCAUCGUAGUGCAACUGGACAGCGGCACCGUGGAGAAUAACCGCGAACACCACGUCCCAGGAGGAGGCACGUUUAGCCUUCUCGGGGAAUCGCGAGUUGCCACCAACAUCCGCGGGUUCUUCGUUAGUCGUAUUGGAAGUGCACUACCUGAUACAGGUUAACGGGAUGGCACUGCGCUACCCCACACCCAUCGCUCCGAUCUAGUUCGUGAUCUAUUAUCGAAAAAUCAUCCGGUAAAAACGAGAAAAGAACAUCCAAGAUGUCCAGGACAAUUCCCAUUAUAAACAUGGAACUGUCGGAGGUGAAGGAACUACUGAAGACCAAGGUGGAGGAGCCUCGAACACAACGAAAACUUAUUUUGGUAAUUGUAUCGAUCGCGCUGCUGCUUGACAAUAUGUUAUACAUGGUGAUAGUGCCCAUAAUACCCGAUUACUUACGUUACAUCGGGGCAUAUACAGAUGAGCCUGUGCCGAUGGCGGGAAACUCGACGAUCGCCCCGGGAGUACCCUACAAACACCAACAUCAUGGGCAAGAUCAGGCCACAGGGAUCCUCUUCGCGUCCAAGGCAAUCGUACAGCUUAUGGUAAACCCAUUCUCGGGGGGCCUGAUCGACCGCAUCGGCUACGACAUCCCCAUGAUGAUAGGAUUAUGCAUCAUGUUCCUUUCAACAGCAACAUUCGCAUGUGGCCGCAGCUACGGCCUCCUCUUCUUCGCACGAAGUCUACAGGGGGUGGGAUCGGCGUUCGCAGACACUUCCGGUUUAGCAAUGAUAGCCGACCGAUUCACCGAAGAGUCAGAGCGUUCCAAGGCGCUAGGCAUCGCGCUGGCCUUCAUCAGUUUCGGUUCAUUGGUGGCACCGCCGUUCGGAGGAGCCCUAUAUCAGUUCGCAGGGAAAGAGAUGCCUUUUCUGAUCCUGGCCUUCGUAUCCCUGCUCGACGGAUUUAUGCUCCUGUUGGUCAUGAAACCGGUAAGAGAUUCAUUCAAAGAAAACAACAAACCCCCAUCGGUGCCCAUCUGGCGACUCUUUAUGGAUCCUUACAUAGCCGUUUGCGCCGGUGCUCUUAUGAUGGCCAACGUCGCUCUCGCUUUCCUCGAACCAACAAUCUCCUUAUGGAUGGAAGACAACAUCACCACCGACAACUGGAAGAUAGGAAUGAUCUGGUUGCCUUCAUUUUUUCCGCACGUUUUCGGAGUAAUCCUAACGGUAAAGAUGGCCAAACAGUAUCCACAAUACCAAUGGAUAAUGGCUGCCGGAGGUCUAGCCCUCGAAGGAUUAUGUUGCUUUCUAAUUCCGUUUUCAAAGACUUACGAAGUCCUCAUGAUCCCAAUCUGCGGCAUAUGCUUCGGAAUGGCUUUAAUAGACACGGCUCUUCUACCGACUCUCGGUUACCUCGUGGACAUACGCUACGUUUCAAUUUACGGAAGCGUGUACGCUAUCGCAGACAUAUCAUAUUCAGUGGCUUACGCAGUAGGACCGAUAAUCGCAGGUGGCGUAGUCGAAGCGAUAGGCUUCACCGCCCUCAACGUCGGCAUAGCCUUCUCUAAUCUUUUAUACGCACCAGUACUCAUCUACCUUAAACACAUAUACGAUUUUAAACCUUUCGAAAACGAAGCUAACAUCCUUAUGUCAGAUCCACCCAAGAAGGAAUACCAAACGUACACGAUGCAGGACCAGAAAAUUGCAGACAAUGAUGUCAAAAAUCAUCUCGAGUACCAGCAACAAGAAACGAAUCUGAGUACUAAUAUGAAUGGAUACUCAUACCAGUCGGACAGCAAUGUUCAACAAUCAAAUGAUUGGCAACAACAGCAGAAUUAUCAACAACAACAACAACAAGGAUACCAACAAGACGCUUUUAAUCAACAGGAAGCCCAAUCGAGAAGUGGAACUGGUCGUGUACUUCCUCAGCAACCCACCCAGAACCCGAAUCCAUUUAGAUCUCAAGCCCAGCCUGGUGUUAAUCCGUUCAGACAAGGAUUUAAUUAAUUAGAUGUCUAGUAUAGGAAUUCAGAGGCUGUUAUUUAAAAUUUUAUCGCACACGUGUACAUAUCACACCAAGUGUUCCUGUUUUAUCGGUGUAUAUAAUACUAUCUAUAUACAGGGCGAUUUAAGGUUGGUGAAUUAUUAGGCGUUUCGGAAAAAUUUGAACUUUUGAAUUCGAGGCUAUUAGCUAUUUAAUUUAAGAAAAAUUGAAUUGGAACUAGGAAUGGAAUUAGGAGCAACAUAAUACAUAAAAUAGUAAAGUGUUAUGCCGUAACAGAAGUGAAUCCAUAGUCCAAAACGUCUAAUA